AGUGAUGCCAUUAGUCGCGCUUUUUUUACAGGUGAACAAUGUACAGUACACACUGAUGAAACUGGCUGGAACCUCGGGCAUUUCUGAUGCCAAGACUCGCAUUCAACAGACAGUCCGUGAAAGUACAGUUUCUGUAUGUGCGGCAACGAUCACCGCUACCGUACCUUUUGCUGCAGGCCUUUUCUCAAGCUACAAGUCAACUCGACUAGUCUGCCUGUACACAGUGGUGACUAUGUGUUUUUCCUAUAUCAAUCAUUGGACGAUGUUCCUUGGGUGUUUGGUCAUUCAUGAAAAACGCAUCGAUGCAAACCGCCAUUGCUGCACAUGCAGAAAAAUUAAUUUGCCCGACGACAAAGAUGUUCAAGAUAAAAGUUCCUGCUUUAAAUGUUGCUGUACUGGCCGUCCACCAAGGUCAGACACAGACACACAGAGCACGUUACAGAAGAUUCCUAGAUUCCUUCUCUCUCGUUUGGUUCUUUCCUUGCCUUGUAAAAUAUUUUCAACAUGUCUCUGUUUGGUCUUUUUCGGAACAUCAAUUUUCUUUGCCAGUAAAACAACAGCCGAUAUUUACCAUGAAAACUUCAUAAAAGAAGGGUCUUACUUUUAUGAUUACAAUAUUUUAAAUGAAAAAUACUUCCCAGAUAAUAUUUUUAUAACUUUGGCCUCAAAACAUCAAUCAGAAAUCACUGUUGAAAACUGUGAGUCUGUGCGCAGUAACCUAGAGAAAUUUAUUAACGCAAAGAAAGGACUUCUUACUAAUGAGGCCAUUUUUUGGUUUGACGAAUAUAUCAACCUAGUUCACGAAAAUAGGUCGCACGAUUUCGCUUUGUCAGUGCGUAGAUUUUUGUCUAUGUACCCCGAGUUUAAACAGGAUCUGGUUUUUAAUGAAGACGGAUCCAAAAUCCAGUCCUUCAGAUUGUACCUCCAAACUAGGCCAAAACAAGAUAUUAUCAAAUUGCAUUCUGAGUUCGGCAAUGAAGCUUUACUAGGUGAAUUGGUCUUUUUUGUUUAUUCCCCGAAUUUUAUUUGGGUUGACUCCUAUCGAAAGGCCUUUUGGGAAACACUUGUAUUUAUGGGUGUAGAGUGUCUUGUCAUUAUCGUGUCUUUGGGUGUAAUAUGCAGAGACCCUGUACUUACAGUUUAUUCCUGUAUUUGGUAUGUUUUCGCUUGUGUAGGAAUGUUUGGUUUAAUCAAUAUACUUGAUGUUUAUAUUACGUCUGUCUGUUCAAUCGUUCUAAUAUUUGGUGCAACAUACAGUUGCAAUGUGAUUGUCUAUAGUCACCUGUCGUAUUUUGAGUCAGAAGGCAUUGAUAUCGCUUCCAGAACCUAUAAUGUAUUAGUCGAGACAACUUCCUCAUUAUUUAACACGCUGUUUGCUACAUUUCUUGGCCUAAUGGUUAUGUUUACCAAUGAAUCAUUUGUAUUUAUAACCAUUUUUAAAGGGCUUGGUUCAAGCAUUGUGGUAGCAUUGUUUGUUGGUUGUUUAUUUAUUCCAACGGUCCUUAGUAUCUUUGGGCCGAGUACAGGAGAAACAUGGUCAGAAAAAGUUGAAAAGAAAAUAGAUAUGACGGAAAUUUCGAAUGGGCAUCAUGCCCAAGCAUUUGGUCAAACAAAUAACGCUUAUAUGGGUUCAACAGAUGACUUAUACCACUUAUAACUUCAUAUCUGCGUUCGGAAAAGCUGUAUAAUGGAAACGCUUCACACAUUAAUUUGAUCCUAAAUUUCAACGACAAACGCUGCCAUUAAGGAGUCCACAAUGGGGGGGGGGGUAGUUACGCCCCUCUCUCAGCAAGUACCAACUGGUCCAGUAUCUUAUACCCGAAUUUUUCGUAUCAAAAAUACUAAAGGAGUUGGUUAGUCUGCGUAAAAUAGCAAAUUUUGAGUUUCUGCGUACAGCGAACCCACCUCUUGCGUCCCGAGUACUCCGUAAAAAUUAAAACCGCCUACAAAAAUGUGGGGUUAAUCUUUCAAUUUCUCAAUUGUGUUGUCGUCAGGUAUAUUUGGUGAGUUCGAUUAAGUUAUUCUUACGUACUAUCUUAGUGAUUAAAUUAGAGAUUAUAUAUUAAAUUGUUAACACAAUAAAAGCAAGACAUGUGUUCUUAUUGUGUAUUGUUUUAAGUGUGCCUCGUUUGCAUUUUAUUUUUUUGUGAUACUCUACGGAAAACAUGAAUGCUUAAGAUUUCUUUUUAUAUUUCACUCAUAGACAAAUCAAAUCAAAUAGUUUCACACAAAAAUGUCAGUUGUAGGAGAAACAUAUUCAUAAAUUAUAAAUGGUGCACUUUGAGGUGACAUCUGGGAGUUUCUUUAAGCAUGCCACACAACUGUUACAGUUCUUUAUACAUAUGUAUUGUCAGUUUGUUUAUUUGUGUGUUGCAUUUUCUGACAUUUAAUCAUCAUGUAAUGAUUUCUUCUUUUGAACAAUGUUUUAUAUUGACAUGUGAUUUAUUAUUUGCUGUAUUUU